CUGGUUUCAGAGAGCUCACUCCCUCCUCUCCUUCCUGCUAAAAUUGCUAGCCCCCUCUCAACCUUCACAUACAUACUCUCUUUUUCUCUUCUUCCUUUCUCCCUUCCUCAUCCAUGGAAGUUAGCCUCACUUCCAAUCACUAUACUCUGAGCUCAACCUCACGUUCUCCUUCUGCUUUCUCUCUUUCCAAUCUCCGAUCCUUCCGCUCGCAGUUCCUUGGUUGUUCUCAUAAUCUCAGGCCUCCCGGAUGUCUUAGCUUUAGAAAUAAUAAAUGCAAGAAAUUGCGGCUUCUUCAACUCCAUUCUCCUCGUUUUAUCUUCAAAGCAUCUUUGAGUUCUCACUCCGUCGUCGUCGUCGUCACUUUAGUUACUUUAUCUGCCGUUUCUCUUUUCUACUAUAAUUACAUCAAGAGAAAGAAGAACCCCAGAGAGAUACUGGGACAACCAAAAUUUGCAUUAUCACAGCAAGGAAGUAAUAUUGGGAACCAGGGCAUCGAAAGUCAGAUUCUUUGUUUUCAGGAAUUUCAAGGGGAGAGCUUGCUUAAGGAAAUUGGGAUAUUGGAGGAUAAAUCUGACAAAGAAAAUGAUGAUUUUGAGGGAAAAGAGGCCCAACUAACAUAUUGGACAUCUCCUAUGGUGCAAGAAGGGGCCGUUGCGACUAAGAAGUUAGAGUCACCUUCUGAUGUUCUGACCUCUAGCAUUAACAGUGCUUCAUCUUCGAACAGGUCCAAGGCUGUAGAGGAAUCUUGUGUGUCCAUGGAAUUCCAAUCAAGUUCUUUUGAGCCUCUGUCUUUUGCUGCAGAGAUGACUAAACUACAAGUGGAAGAAACAAGGGAUAACGUUCUCUCUGAUUCUGAGCUGCCUAUAAUUAUAAAUAAAUCUGAGCAUACUACUUCUUUGGAUCAUGUAAACAAUGCACUCACAAUAGUGAAAGAUAAUGCUAAAGAAAAAAUUGAACUUGGUACCAUCAGUGCCAAUGUCCUAAUUGGCGAAUCUGCCAGGCAAGAACUGUACAUGUUUUAUCAGGUAAACAUGUCUUCAACGGGAUCCAUGUCACCACUGAGUAAUUUAAAAUCGUCAUCUUCUCAUGCUUCUUUCAUGAAGAAAAAUGAAUUGCAAUCCACGAUGGGGAAUAUUGUUUUUAAAGGACCAGAAUCAUUAGAAGAGGUUUCUCUACAAAUUGCAGAGAAUGUUGAAGGAGUGGAACCUAGAGCGAGGUAUAAAGAAGGCUAUCUCCAGCAAAAUAAUUCCUUGAGGAAACGUAGCAGAUCUCUAAGCAACAUGGGAGAGACCAAUCUGGAUCAGAGAAGUAACAAACUUCUUCCCCGGAAUUCCAACUCAAUCAGGGAGCAUGUUGAUCAAAAGAAUCAUCAUUCUCAAUAUCUUAGAACAUAUAAUUCUUUGCUAAAAGAUGGAAGGUUACAUGAAUGUGUUGAAUUGCUUAAAGACAUGGAAAUGAAGGGAAUUUUAGAUAUGACUAAGGUUUAUCAUGCCAAGUUUUUUAACAUCUGCAAGAGACAAAAGGCUGUUAGAGAAGCUUUUGAUUACGUUAAGCUUAUUCCAAAUCCAAAAUUGAGUACAUUUAAUAUGCUCAUGUCUGUGUGUUCAAGCUCUCAAUAUUCAGAAGGGGCUUUCCAAGUUCUGCAGCUUGUUCAGGGGGCUGGAUUCAAACCUGAUUGCAAACUUUAUACCACUUUGAUAUCAACAUGUGCCAAGAGUGGUAAAGUUGAUCAGAUGUUUGAAGCAUUUCACAAUAUGGUUAAUUCUGGAAUUGAACCUAAUGUUCAUACCUAUGGGGCACUAAUUGAUGGUUGUGCUAGAGCUGGGCAAGUUGCUAAAGCAUUUGGUGCUUAUGGGAUAAUGAGGUCCAAGAAAUUGAAGCCAGAUCGUGUUGUAUUCAAUGCACUUAUAGCUGCAUGUGCUCAGUCAGGAGCAGUGGAUCGUGCUUUUGAUGUUUUAGCAGAAAUGGCAGCAGAACUGCAACCUAUUGAACCAGAUCAUAUAACUAUAGGUGCAUUAAUGAAGGCAUGUGCAAAUGCUGGUCAGGUUGAACGAGCACGGGAAGUGUACAAGUGGUUAGAUCAAUAUGGUAUUAAGGGAACCCCAGAGGUCUACACUAUUGCCAUCAAUUCUUGUAGCCAAACCGGAGAUUGGGAAUUUGCAUCUAGUGUAUACAGUGACAUGAAUGGGAAAGGGGUUUUCCCUGAUGAGAUGGUUCUGAGUGCACUAAUAGAUGUUGCUGGACAUGCUGGAAAGCUAGAUGCUGCCUUUGAAGUCCUACAAGAAGCUCGUAGCCAAGGAAUACAUAUUGGAAAAAUGUCAUACAGCUCUUUGAUGGGAGCCUGUAGCAAUGCUGGAAAUUGGGAGAAAGCAUUGGAGCUAUAUGAGGAUCUUAAGUCCCGUAAAUUAGUACGUACUGUUUCAACAGUGAAUGCUUUGAUCACCGCACUGUGUGAUGGGGAUCAUUUUCACAAGGCUAUGGAGGUUUUGUUUGAAAUGAAAGGAUUGGGCUUAUGCCCAAACAGCAUCACAUACUCAAUUCUUAUCGUAGCAAGUGAGAAAAAGGACGAUCUGGAGGCAGCUCAAAUGCUUCUAUCUCAAGCCAAAAUGGAUGGUGUUUCCCCUAAUCUUGUCAUGUGUAGAUGUAUAACUGGGAUGUGCUUGAGGAGAUAUGAGAGGGCUUGCAAUGUUGGUGAACCAUCUUUUGACCCAAGACAACCACAUGUUAAUAAUAAGUGGACAUCCCUGGCCUUGAUGGUCUAUCGUGAGAUCAUUAGAGAUGGUAUAGUGCCUACGAGUGAAAUUCUGUCACAAAUUUUUGGAUGCCUGCGUCUCCCUUAUGAUCCCUCUUUGAAAAAUAGUCUUAUUGAGAACCUGGGAGUAAGUGCUGAAACUUCAAAAAGCUCAAACCUCUGUUCAUUGAUUGAUGGCUUUGGUGAAUAUGAUCCUCGUGCUUUUUCACUACUUGAGGAAGCUGCUUCUCUUGGAAUUGUUCCAUUUGCAUCUUUUAAAGUGAAUCCCAUUGUUGUGGAUUUAAAGGAAUUGCACAAUUUUACUGCUGAGGUAUACCUGUUAACUGUUUUGAAGGGUCUCAAGCAUCGUCUUGCAGCAGGCACAAGGUUACCCAACUUAAUCAUCUUAUUGCCUGUAGAGAAAACAAAAGUUGCAACUUCCAAGGGGGAGAAAUUUGUUAAUGUUUCAGGAAGGGUUGGCCAGGCAAUAGCAGCGCUAUUGAGGAGGCUGAGAAUACCAUACCAGGGCAAUGAGUCAUUUGGGAAGAUCAGAAUUAUUGGAGUAAUUUUGAGAAAAUGGCUUCAGCCAAAACUUGCAUCCCCUUUCAGUGGAAAACCAGGUGACUUUAGCUUGUUGCAGUCACGACUGGGCAAAGGUAUCCGUCUUCAACAACGAAACAUUCGAGCCAGCAAUCUGUCCUUGGAUUAAAAGUAUAUGUAAAUUCCAAGCAGUAGGACAACUUGGUUGUCUGAUUUUUUUACCUUAGAUAGACUAGGGUUCCUGCUCGGCCUUCCUAUUUAUGCCGCCAACUUUAAUAAUCUGUCACUAGAAGUUGAUAACGCCUUCAUCCUAAUGGAAUUAUUCCAAAAGUGUUGUAAACCAACGAAAGCAGACUAAACCUAAGAUGCUGAGGUCACUAGAGCUGGGAGUGGAGAGUGUGAAAAUAUGCCAGCAAAUUUCACUUUGAUGAGCAGCAGAGUCUACCUCCAUAGAUGUCACUGGACCCUUGUGAUUUGCCUCCAGAUAUGGCCAAGGUCUUUUGCAAUGCGGAUUAUAUAAAUUUAUGACUAUAGAGAUGCCGAUUUAUAUGCUAUUAUACUACAGGUAUUUUGGCAGGGGCUCUUCAUAUGUAGACUGUAAAGAAAACUUAGCAAAGUGAUUAUUUUUAGAUGAUUUUGAUA